UCAUAUGAUGAACCAUAUGAUAAAGAACUACAAGGCCUUAUGCCUAUAUCAGAGCCAUACGAUGAGUCAUAUGAUAAAGAACUUCGAGGUUCAGAAUAUUAUAUUGGACAACAUGAACUUAACUUAUCAGCCAUGACUACGCUAAAGUUUAAAACCCCAGUUAGGCAAAUUACAUCAUCUAUUUCAGAGAGGUGGGAAUUUAUGUUCCCUAAUGAUGUUACACCUUCUUUCCUAGCUGUUCGUACAGCAAUCGGAACAACAUUCUUCCAUGCUAUGAGUACUGAAUCGAAUCUUUCAUUUAGCACUACUCAAGGGCUAAUUAAACCAGUUGCGUUAGAUACGGUGUUAAAUCAUAGUACUAGGACUAGUUUUGAACAUACGCAUGUUUCUUUUAAUCCCAAGUUAUAUGGUGAAGCUGCAAUUGUAGAUUGUGGCGGUGGUAUAUAUGUAUGGAGAGCAGAAAGACACAAAUCUCGAGCAAAUAAAAUCAACAAAUAUGAAAUUGAAACAAUUAGGGACCCUCAAGCUCACGAGGAUGUAUCGUCAAAGGACCUAUGGAAAACGUGCGAAUAUAGUGCACACCCCCAAUGUCUCUAUGUUGCGUCGCGUGAAAGAAUUGACCUUUUUGAUUUUAGGAAUGCGUGUAACACACAACCACUCAAUAUGUUUAGUACUAUUGAAGGAGAUCAAAUAUAUGCGUUUCAGCAGAUGCCAUACCCUAAUCCAUUUCAAUCCAUUUUAGUAACGGACAGUAAAGUUAUACUUUUGGAUCAACGCUUUCCCAAAAGGCCACUACUCUCAUGGGUUCAUUAUAAUACUGACCUACCUGUUGGACUGAAUACAUUAAUAGACAAACAAACAUCAACUAUCUUAACAUGGUCAAAAAAUCCACCAAAGAUAAUGGCAUUUCAGAUUCCAACCUCCAAAUCAGGAUUAGUAACUGCGACGGGCUAUCCUAAUUUGAUUCCAUCAUUUCACACACAUCCAACUUAUUGUCGUUCGAAAUAUUUGAGGGUUCCCAAUCCAUCAAGACUAUAUAAGAUAGCCGAAGAAUUUAUACAACCUCAAACACUACCACCAUUAGCGAGUGUACUUUUGCUACGUAAUAAUAUCAAAGCGGCUAAACCUAGAAGUUUUGGUUCAUGUUUCAGUGUGAUGCAGUUAUCGCAAACAGGAGCCUUAUAUUCACAGAUUUUUUAUUCCCGGCUUCAUACGUCUGUAUAUCCACAAGCAAAGAUAAAUUCAAAAAAAGAAGACAUGCAAAUU